AUGAGUCUUCGAUUCAAACAACUAGGUUCCAGUUUGAAACUCGAUGCUCUUUUAAAAACAGCCAACAUGGACAAUUCCCCACUACUUACACCGAAUCGCGAAAAUGUGGAAGCUGGUGAUGAAGAGGAUUUCUCAAGAAAGUCAUGGAAACAAAUUCUCUGCUCAAAGACAGCAUUUUGGGUGUAUUUCUAUUUGAUUCUCGUCAUUCUUUUCAUCAUUGCUGGCUGGUUUCUGAGAGCAAGAUAUGAA